AUGGCUAGUACUGCUCCACUUAUCCUUCGAAUUCUAGCGUCGUCUGUAAAGACAGCCGCUAGGGCCGGCAAAAUUGUGAAAGAUGUGAUGGAGAAAGGAGAAUUAGGAAUUAUCCACAAGGGUAAAAGCAAAAACGACGUGCAAACCGAAGCUGACAGAUCUGCGCAACGUUGCAUCAUAACUUCCUUAUCGAAACAAUUCCCCAACGUUUCUAUUAUAGGGGAAGAAGGUGCUCUCGAUGAAACAGAGAUACCAGUCGAUUGGGUUGUUACUGAAUACGACGAAUGCAUUUUAAAUUCUACGUGUCCCGCAAAUUUCACAGGGGUUAAGGAUGAAGACAUAGUCAUUUGGGUAGAUCCCCUCGAUGGUACAUCCGAGUACACAGAGGGUCUUCUAGAUCAUGUGACUGUUUUAAUAGGAAUAGCAGUUGCUGGUAAAGCAGUAGGAGGCGUAAUACACCAGCCUUAUCAUGACUAUCUCAAGAAUAAAAAUGGACCGGGUAGAACUUUUUGGGGACUCGUAGGUCUAGGUGUGGGAGGAUUUUGCCCAGGGACGCCCCCUAGCGACAAAUUCAUCAUUACUACAUCUAGAUCCCAUCGAGACGAAAUGGUCAACAGAGCUCUAAACGCCUUGAAUCCAGACGAACUUAUUUGCGUUGGAGGAGCAGGUCAUAAGACUGUGGUUCUAUUAGAAGGCAGGGCUCAUGCUUACGUGUACGCAAGUAGAGGUUGCAAAAAAUGGGACACUUGCGCUCCCGAGGGAGUCCUGGAGGCUGCUGGAGGACGGCUGACAGAUAUUCACGGCAAGCACUACGAUUAUUCCAAAAACGCGCCCUUCCCCGAUGCCCAAGGGAUUUUCGCCACUGUUAAAGGUGUCAAUCACGAUGAGAUGAUUUCAAAACUUCCAGAGGACAUUAAAAAAGCAUUUCCUUAUUAA